AUGCAAUCUAACGUUAAUUACUGGACGAACAAGUUCGAUAAUAUAUGGAAUAGAAGCGAUCGACUUUUUUCAUUACUUCGCUCAUCGGACGAUUACUAUCGACAGCCAGUCAAACUUCGAUUGCCGCUGAUAUUUUAUCUUGGCCACCUACCAUGUUUUAGUUGGACGCAAUUUCGUCAUCUGAACGACGUUGACGAUGUUCUUGAUCCAAUCUAUGAUGAAGUCUUUGUGCGUGGAGUCGAUCCAAAUGUGCAAACAGGUAUUGUUGAACACACUCAUUCCAGUCGGUUCUCAACAGAUGUUAAAGAAGAAGAACAGUAUUGGCGUUCAUUUACAGUAUCAAGUGUAGUUGAAUAUAAACAAAAUGUUCGAAAACAAAUUGUUCACGUUCUAACCGAUGGUAAUCUUGAUCUCAACGAUUUACAUACGCUCAAUGUACUGAAUAUCGCUGCAGAACACGAGAUGCUACAUCAAGAAACUUUGAUGUAUCUGUUUGUUCAAUUGCCGAUAGAAAGUUUUCGAGUAGAUGAAAUUGUUGAACUUCAACUUCGUCAAAUGCCAGCUAUUUCUUCACUAUCAGAAAAUAAGUGGGUAAAAUUACCAGGCGGACACACUUCAUUAGGUAAGCCGUGUUGUGACAAGUCGUCCACAUUCUCGUUUGGUUGGGAUAAUGAAUUUCCUCGUAAAGCGUGUUACCUGCCUCCUUUCCAAAUGCAAUCGCAUCCUGUUCGAAAUGGAGAUUUUCUUCAAUUCAUACUCGAUGACGGUUACGCAACUGGCGAUUGGUGGGAUGAGGCGAUCUUUGAAUGGAUUAAAACAUCGAAAAUAGAACAUCCGGCAACCUGGACUAGAACGGACAAUUCCUACCAAGUAAACUUUGUUCUACAACGAAAUAUUCCUGUAGAAUUUCUACUCGACCAUCCAGUUAUAUUGAGCCAAAUCGAAGCAAAAGCAUACUGUCGAUGGUUGUCAAAGAAAUGUGGAGAAACAAUUGAAUUACCUACAGAAUCGGAGUGGAUCUAUGCAAUGUGGGAUUGGUCCGACUCUAUAAAUAUUGGUCUAAUGGAUGAUGAAUGUAACGUUAACUUUCGUCAUCUUCAUACAAUGCCUGUCAAAUCAUCAAGUGAUAAUCAGUUGCAAUGGCAAGGUUCUGCAUUUGAAUGGACAGCAAGCGUCUUCCAACCUUUAUCGGAUUGCUUUGCUCCUCUGCCAACAUAUCCUGAAUAUUCAGCUGACUUUUUUGACAAUCGUCAUUUCGUGCUGCUCGGUGGCUCCUAUGCAACCGACUUAACACUCAUUCGAAGGUCAUUUCGUAAUUGGUAUCAAGAUACGUAUCGAUACAUGUUCGCUACGUUUCGAUGUGUCAAACAUUGGGAGCAUACGGACGAUUCACUUACGGAAGUGGAUCGCCAAGCAAUCGUUGCAGAUUUAAGCAACAAAGAUCAUCAUCGGAUUUCGUCGAAAUACUUUUACGAUGCGCAAGGCUCUGCUCUAUAUACUCAAAUUACCCAAUCAGAAGAAUAUUAUUUAUUUAAUCAAGAAUUGCAACUACUUCGACAACAAAUGGACGAUAUCAAGUCAACUAUUCUUCACCAUUGUGAUUCGUCUUCUCGAACGUCGCCCUCGAUUCAUUUCAUCGAGCUUGGCUGUGGUGAUGGUGCAAAAGUCGAAGCAUGGUUAACACCUUGGCUUGCUUCAUCAGAAAUAUCGACGGUCUACCAUCCAGUUGAUAUAUCUCAACAUGCGAUUGAUUCUCUUAUUCAAUUGUCCAAGAAUAAAAUGGGCGAAAAGACUGUUGAAGAACAUAUCAAACCAAUUUGCUCAACAUUUGAUGAUAUGUACACUAAACUAGAAACAAAUGCUAUGGACAUCAAAGCAGUGAUGUUAAUGGGUAGUACUAUUGGUAAUUUCGCAUCUUAUGGGCCCAGUCACACAAAAUAUGGUGAUGAUGCACCUGUUAUGCAAUUCAUUCGUUCGAUUCGUAGAAAUUUACAAAUUGGUGAUUGGUUUAUAUGUGCAUUUGACAUGUGUAAGGAUACAAACACGAUGAUUCGAGCAUAUAGUGAUUCAAAAGGCAUCACCGCUGCUUUCAAUUAUAAUCUUCUUCUUCGUCUCAAUCGUGAGCUGAAUUUUAAUUUUGAUCUUGUUAACUAUCAACAUUAUCCUGUGUAUAAUCCAUUAUAUCGACAGAUGGAAAGUUGGUUACUUAGCACAAAACAACAAACAGUAACGGAUCAACGCGGGUUCGUCAUGGAAUUACAACCCUAUGAUGCAAUACAAACAGAAUUAUCGACAAAAUAUACAUAUGAGGAUAUUCAUUUAUUAAUGGAGCUAAAUUCGUUACAUAUUGUCAAAUUGUACAAUACAGACGAUGAUCGUUUUCCAUAUGUACUCUGUCUGAGUCAACUGGCUUAG